GCCGCCCGCUCCACCUUCGCUGAAUGUAAGGACCACCCUACCAUGUCCCUCGCACCCCCUUUUACCAAGGAGACGGCAUACAAGAAGGUCAAGGCGGCCCAAAAUCUUUGGAACACGAAAGACCCCUCCAAGGUCGUCCAGGCCUACACACCAGAUACCAUCUGGCGGAAUCGUGACGUAUUCUUGAAGGGCCACGAGGAGGUGCGCGGCUUCCUCACUGCCAAGUGGAAACGGGAACACAAUUACCGCUUGAAAAAGGAGCUGUUUGCAUGGGGAGAGGAUAGAAUAGCCGUUCAAUUCUGGUACGAAUACCAGGUAGAUCCAGAGGAUGAGGAGCGAUGGCAGCGAUGCUACGGUCUAGAGGACUGGACCUUUGCACCUGACGGCAAGAUGAUGAAGAGGCAGAUGAGUGGCAACGAGGUCUCCAUCUCCAAGCAGCAGAGGUGGUUCACCGACGGCAUGACGACCGAAGAGAUUGACGCGCUAGUCUUGGGCGAUGAGCAUCACUGAGGCCCUUGUGAAUGUCGAGUGCAAAUGCAAAGGGCUCUUGAGUUUUUAGUAUGCAUGUCAGAACGCCCAUGGCACAGAUCGUAGCCCCAUGGGCAUCAAUCCAUUGUUAAUUGCAGAGCGCAAGGUACAUCAGCC